AUGGCAAGCGGCGAGAGCUCCCGCCCUCCUGACGCCUUGGAUCCUGAUAUACCCCUUCUCGACGCAUCCACAUCCACCUCCGCCAUCCCGCCCGCCGCCGCCGAAGAAGCUGAGGUGACGCGCGAGCACACGCGCAUCCAGACUCGGUCUCUGCGCGAAAGCGAGACCUCGCCACAGGCCGCUUCCUCCUCAUCGUCUUCUUCCACGUCCUCCGCCGACCCGGGUGCUGCAUCAACAGCAGACGCGGCAAGCGAGCAGAUCGCAAGCGAGCAGAUCAUCGAGAGCGAGAGCCCCGCGCACUCGAUGAGCAGCUCCGCAGGCUCGUCCGGCGCGUCCGACAUCGCGCUUCUCGAAGCCUUCCGGUACGAAAUCUCCUUUGCGUUUCCCGAGUCGCAAGCUCACGCUGCAUCGGGGUUGCUCGCGAGUCCCGUGGUCGUGCGCAUAAGACGGUUCCGCGAGGACGCGAGCGAGUCCUUCCCGCUCGGCGUGUCGUCGCCUGAGCUGUCGUCCGGCAGCGGCGGGCAGUCUGCGGAGGAGUUUGAUGGCUCGAGUCCGAUUCUGACGACGACGACGACGACGUCGUCGUCGGUGCCGCACAAUAGCAGUCCGGUCGAAGAGGCCGCGAGCGAGGUGCCGCUGCUGAUCCAGCUCUGCUUGCUUCCCGAGUUUGACUUGGCGACGACAAGACCGCCGGCGCUAAGUCCCUCGCCGCUGCAAGGCACCGUCGUGCGCUCGCCAGAGGUAUAUUACGACUACGUCAUUCCCUCCCCCGCGCCCUCCUCGUCGUCGACAGCAGCCCCGGCAAUGCGAAUCCACCUGCAAUCCUCCAACCCGCGCCUCUUCGCCGUCUUCUCAGACCUCAAAGUGCUCGCCCCGUCCGCGCCAGCGCGAUACUCCCUCGGCGCCCUGCUCCUCCGUGGCGUCCAGCUUCCCCACGUCCCUCCCGCAGGCCACCUCGGUUCCCUGGCCGCCGCGGCCGCACCACCUGUGCUUGUCCCACCUGGCCGCGAGCUCGCGAGCUGCUUUAUCCCGCUGCACGUCGACGCGGCCGAAAGUCCUGCUCGCGCAGACGAGUCGGCUGUGAGCAGCAGCGUGGGGAGCGAGUCUACCGUCGACCAUCGCGAGUAUGAUCCGCGCCUGACGGAGAACGAACGAGCGAUUUUGAACCAUUUCAGGAAUCAAGGCGCUGAUGUGUAA